GUUUAGCUCCUAAAUUUAAUUAGUGGAUUGUUUGACACGUCCGCCAUUAAUGCUUCCAUUCCCAAAAAAGAAGGCACACAGUUACUAUGAAUAUUGAUUUAUCUACGCGGAUUUAGCACUUUGUCAAUCGAAUACUCAUAAUUCCUUCCUCGAAAAUUCUGUGAAAUUUCACUGCCUUCAUACUAAACUCUCAACGUUUAUAAACAUGAACCACUCUCUUGCAAAGUUUAAGGUUUGUGUUCUAACAUUCACAAUUAAUAAUUACCUUAGUGAAUCUACAACGUUGUUUGGAAAUGGAACAACAACGAGUGCUAAUUCCUUUUUCCAAGGGAUUUUCUAAUUCUACUUACGAUGUUUUCCUCAGUUUUAGAGGAAAAGAUACUCGCUAUGGUUUCACUGGAAAUCUCUACCAUGCUUUGAACCAAAGAGGAAUCAACACUUUCAUGGAUGAUGAAAUGAUUAAGAGAGGUGAACAAAUUUCACCCACCAUUUUCAAAGCAAUUGAACAAUCUAGGACUGCUAUUAUUGUUUUCUCCAAAACCUAUGCAUCCUCAAAAUGGUGUCUUCAAGAACUUGUCAAAAUUAUUGCCUGUUACAAAGGAAAGGAGCUAGUGGUGUUACCGGUGUUUUACAAGGUCGAUCCGUCGGAGGUUCGACAGCAGACGGGGAGUUAUGGACGACAAUUGGCUAUGCAUGAAGAGAAAAUGAUGGAUAACGAAAAGGAAUUGCAAAGUUGGAGGUUGGCUCUUCGUGAAGCUGCAAACCUUGCAGGGUGGCCUUUUAGAGAUGGAUCUGAAUAUGAAUAUGAAUUUAUCAAAAGGAUUGCCGACACAGUGGGCAGCACAUCAAAACAAAAUCUUUCAUAUGUUGAGGAUUAUGCAGUUGGACUAGAGUCACGUGUAUCUAAAAUAAUACCCCGUUUGCAAAUGCCUGAUCCCAAUGUCAUCAUGAUAGGAAUAUGUGGGGUUGGUGGAAUAGGCAAAACUACUUUGGCAAGAGCUUUGUAUAAUUCCAUUAGCCAAGAAUUUGAAGGUUUGUGCUUCCUCUAUGAUGUCAGAGAAAAUUCAACGAAAUAUGGAUUGGCAUAUCUACAACAGGUAAUUCUUUCUGAUGUUGUUGGUGAGAAUAUCAAGCUGCGUAAUGAGAAUGAAGGAAUUCCAAUCCUAAUCAGAAAGUUGCAAGAUAAACGGGUUCUUUUGAUACUUGAUGAUGUUGACAAGUUGGAUCAACUGAAGAAUCUAGCAGGAGCAUGUUGUUGGUUUGGUUGGGGAAGUAGGAUUGUCAUAACCACUAGACAUAAAGAUAUUCUAGCUGCUCAUGGAGUUGGAAAUAUAUAUGAUGUACCUAGAUUUGAUUAUUAUGAAGCUCUUCAACUUUUAAGUUUUAUUGCAUCAAAAAGACCUACUCCCGAUGGAGUCUGGAAUCGCGCAAUCCACUAUUCCAACGGCCUUCCAUUGGUUUUAAAGGUUAUAGGUUCUGAUUUAUUAGAAAAAUCAACAGAUGAAUGGGAGGUUUCAUUAGACAGAUAUGCGCAAGUCUGCAAUCAAGAAACUCAAAGUAUACUUGAAGUGAGUUAUGAUAGUUUGAAUGAAUGCGAGAGGAGAAUUUUCCUUGACAUUGCAUGUUUCUUCAAUGGAGAGCCAUUGCCAUAUGUUGAAGAAAUACUAUCUGCUUGUGGUUUCUACACAAAAUAUGGUAUUGAACGACUUAAGGAUAGAUCUCUAUUAUCAAUCACUCCCAGUGGAAAUUUGAUGAUGCAUGAUCAUAUAAUAGACAUCGCUAUGAAAAUAGUACAACAAGAAUCACCCAUAUAUCCUUGCAAACGAAGUAGGUUAUGGUUGCCUGAGGAUGUUCUUCAAGUUUUAGACGAAAACUCGGGAAAUGAUAAAAUUGAAGUCAUGAUAUUGGACAACUUACCACGAGGACAUUUAGAGAAUUUGAGUGACAAAAUCUUCAAAGAGAUGAAAAGCUUGAGAAUACUAAUUAUUAAAGAUGCAAUAUAUUCUGAAGUCCUCCAACAUCUCCCUAAUAGCUUAAGAGUUCUGGAUUGGAGUGGAUAUCCUUCAUGGUGUUUACCACUUGAUUUUGUCAACUUGCCUUCUAAUUGUCUCAUUUUGAACCAAUUCAAGAAUAUGAAGUGUUUGAUGAGAAUGGAUUUCACUUACUGUAAUUUCAUAAGAGAAGUACCUGAUUUGUCUGGUGUCCCAAACUUGAUAAAAUUGUAUCUUGAUAAUUGUAUAAAUGUUACUAAAAUUCAUGAUUCUGUUGGAUUACUUGGUAACCUUAAAGAGCUGACAGCCACACGAUGCACUAAUCUAAAAACAAUCCCCGUCGCAUUCAAGUUAUCAUCUCUUAGAGUUCUCUCUUUCUCCGAGUGCUCAAGACUCGCGAGGUUUCCAGAAAUAUUGUGCAAGAUCGAAAAUUUGGCACAUGUCAACUUGUGGCAAACUGCCAUAGAGGAAUUACCAUUUUCUAUUGGAAAUGUGACAGGACUUGUAGUUUUAACUCUGAUGGAUUGUGCUAGGCUCGAUAAGCUACCUAGUAGCAUUUUUACACUCCCAAGACUUCAAGAAAUUCAAGCUGACUCAUGUAAAGGGUUUGGCAUAUCUAUUGAGUGUGAAGAUAAUAAUAAACUACUGAGUUUCACUGUGUGUCCAAACAAGAUUCAUUUGUAUUUGAGCUCUUGCAGUUUAACAGAUGAACAUCUUUUUAUAUGUCUAAGCGGUUUCGCCAAUGUGGUACAUUUGGACAUAUCUUACAAUAAUUUCACUGUCCUUCCGCAAUGCAUUAAAGAAUGUAUCCACUUGAACACUCUUCUGCUAACAAACUGCAAUCAGCUUCAAGAAAUCUCAGUGAUUCCCUCAAAAUUGAAAGAUAUAGAUUCACUGAACUGCACAUCAUUGACAUCCCAGUCACAAUGUGUACUAUUGAGCCAGGCAUUUCACGAAACCGGGGAAAAAAGUGUGAUGCUUCCAGGGUCAAGUAUUCCAGAAUGGUUUGAUCAUUGUAGCAAUGAAAGAUCCAUAACCUUUUAUGCUCGUGAGAGAUUCCCUAGCAUUUGUGUGUGUGUUGUUUUUGGAAUGUUGGAAAAUCUGCCUCAUCAUUUUGUAGUUAGGUUCUGUUUAAACAUCAAUGGCCACAAAAUGAUACUAUCACCAUGUUCUAGUUUGUCAAUUGUGAAAGAGCAUGUGUGGCUGUUUGAUCUAAGUACCUUAAUCUAUAACAAUCACUUUCUUAGAGAAACAUUUGAGAAACAUGGUUGCUGGAAUCAUGUGGAAGUUUCAUGUGAGGAUUGUCAAGAUGAACAUUUGAUGGCACACGGUGUUCAUGGAGCAAGAAGAAUCACAAUUGUGAAAUGGUAUGGAAUUCAUGUGUACAGGCAAGAAAACAUAAUGAAUGAUGUCUUAUUCACAAGUGUCAACACAAUGGAGACUUUUUCACAACAAUCACUCAAUGAUAUUAGUAAUAAUGAAGUAAUGCAAAUAUAGGGAAUUGUUAAAAGGGUGAGUGAGGGUGGUGACUUUUUCAGCUUUUGUACAGCUAUGUGAUGAUUAUAUCUUACAUCCUACAAAGAGAAUUUUCCUCAAAUGAUUGUAAUUUCUUUCUUUUUUUCUUGUAAAUAACUUUUUUUCCCCAAUAUAUAGCUAUGUUUUAGUCCAAA